AUGCAUUGGGGCUCGAAUUUCUGGCGGGCGUUAUUGCCGGCGACAAUCGGACUAGGUCGAGCGCAACACGUUGUUGAUCUGGCCGGCGAUGGUUGGACCGUCAGCAGUGAGGCCCUCAAUAUCUCGGUACCAGGAAAGCUGCCGUCACACGUCCAUCUGGACUUAUUGGCGGCCAAAGUCAUCGGGGACCCAUAUUAUGGGCUAAACGACUUCAACCAACGCUGGGUGUGCAACAACAACUGGACAUACACCAGUCACCCUUUACAGAACUUACUCAAAAAUGCCACCUCUUCAUGGCUUGUAUUCAACGGUCUAGACACAUUUACUACGAUUGAGGUGUGUGGCCAGGUCGUGGGCACCACGGACAACCAAUUCCGCCAGUACACAUUCAACGUCAGCCAGGCUCUCCGAGAUUGUAAAGAUCUCGCAACGCUCGCAUUGAACUUUGGCAGUGCCCCCAAAAUUGCCGAUGCAAUUGCUAAUAAUCCGGAGUCAGAAGUGUGGCCAAAUGGCCCACAGUUGGUCUAUGAGUUUCCUAACCGGUGGUUCAUCCGCAAGGAGCAGUCUGACUUUGGAUGGGACUGGGGCCCCGCCUUUGCUCCUGCUGGUCCUUGGAAAGAUGCUUCUAUGGUUCAAUUCGCUCGAAAUGAUGGCAUUUUUGUUCUGAACACAAACCUCGACAUAUAUCGCCAAGGACAGAUCAACUACCUGCCUCCGGAUCAGAGCCAACCGUGGGUGGUAAAUGCCAGCAUCGACUUCAUUGGAGACCUGCCCAAAGAUGCUUCAAUGCACAUCGAACUGAUAGAGUCACAUACUGGCAAAGUCAUGCAUUCGGCUCCUCUAAAUAAUAUUUCCAUAUCGGGUCGAACAAUCACAGGAAGUUGCACAGUCAACCCCGAUGCGCCAAAAUUAUGGUGGCCCCUAGGCCUUGGCCAGCAAGACCUAUACAAUGCUACGAUCACUGUGCAAGCAAAGGACCAACGUGCUUUGGCUCAAGUUGAAAAACGAACGGGUUUUAGAACCAUAUUCCUAAAUCAGCUCAACAUUACCGACGAACAGCUUGCACAAGGUAUUGCUCCAGGUGCAAAUUGGCACUUUGAAGUCAAUGGCAGAGAGUUCUACGCCAAGGGCUCCAACUUUAUUCCUCCAGAUGCGUUCUGGCCUCGGGUGACCGAGGAACGAAUGCAGCAACUUUUCAAUGCGGUGGUCGCCGGGAAUCAAAACAUGUUGCGCGUAUGGGCCUCCGGUGCGUACUUGCCCGACUUCAUCUACGACAUUGCCGACCAAGCGGGUGUGCUUCUGUGGAGCGAGUUCGAGUUCGGGGAUGCUUUGUAUCCUACGGACAAGGCAUUUCUCGAGAAUGUCGCCGCUGAAGUCAAAUACAAUGUGAGACGAAUGAACCAUCACCCUUCACUGGCUCUGUGGGCUGGGGGCAACGAGUUGGAAAGCCUUGAGUUGCCGCUUGUGAAAGCAGCAUCGCCACAGAACUACUCCUACUAUGUCGGCCAGUAUGAGAAAUUGUUCAUCAGCACGAUUCUGCCACUGGUCUACGAAAACUCGCGGUCAAUCUCCUAUAUGCCCAGCAGCACGGGCAAUGGCUAUCUUUACGUGAAUUUGUCGGCCCCGGUCCCGAUGGCCGAGCGCUACGACAACGUGACGAGUGGUCACUAUUAUUCCGACACAGACCACUACAACUACGACAGCAGUGUUGCCUUCGACUUCGGCAGCUAUCCCGUGGGUAGAUUUGCCAACGAAUUUGGAUACCAUAGUAUGCCGAGCUUGCAGACCUGGCAACAAGCCGUGAGUCCCGAAGAUCUCCAUUUCAACAGCAGCACCAUCGUUCUCCGAAAUCAUCAUUAUCCUCCCGGAGGUCCCCAGACAGAUAACUUCACGAACCCACUGAAAGGCAUGGGCGAAAUGACCAUUGCUGUCGAGCGAUACUAUCCCGUCCCUCACAAGAAUGAUUCGCUCAAACAGUUCAGCGCCUGGUGUCACGCUACGCAACUCUUCCAGGCAGACAUGUACAAGUCAGAGAUCAUCUUUUACCGUCGUGGAAGCGGUCUUCCCGAGCGUCAACUCGGAUCCUUGUAUUGGCAGCUCGAGGAUAUCUGGCAAGCUCCCACUUGGGCAGGAAUCGAAUACGACGGCCGCUGGAAAGUCCUUCAUUAUGUUACUCGCGAUGUGUACCAGCCGAUUAUUGUCUCGCCUUUCUGGAACUACACCACGAGAGAACUUUCUGUCUGGGUGACCUCUGAUCUGUGGGGGGAGGCAAAAGGAACAGUGAAUCUCACCUGGGUCGACAUGACUGGAAAUCCCAUUGCGGAGAAUGCGGGCACGCCCCAAAUCCAACCAUUUUCCGUCGGUGGUCUCAACACAACAAAAAUCUAUGAAACCAAUACAUCAAAGCUCUCAAUUCCCGAUAACCGGAAUGCAGUACUCAUCCUCUCCAUGACCGCAGAUGGAUACAUGCCCAACUCCCAGAACAAAACCACAUUCACUCAUCGUGAGAAAGCGACCGUCGUCUGGCCAAACGAGAUUAGCCUCGUGGAUCCAAAGAUUGAACUCGCCCGCGGAUCGGACGAUUUAACCUUCACUCUCGAAGCGAAAGGUGGCGUUGCGCUCUACACAUGGCUUGACUAUCCCGCUGGCGUGGUUGGGUAUUUUGAUGACAAUGUGUUCACGCUCAUUCCUGGAGAGAAAAAGACAGUCCAGUUUACUGUACAGAAGGAUGACACGAACGGGAAAUGGGCAGAUGGUGUAACAGUGCGCAGUCUUUGGGAUCAAACAACCAACUAA